AGCACCACCUGAAGCCGAACGUGACGGUCGGAAAGAUUCUGCCACGUCACGUUUUUCUUUUGGAGUCCAAAUGGCUCGCCUCUGGCUGCUGGUUGUCCUGACCUGGGGUCUUUUGGUUUCGGGACGGGACCAGGAAGUUGAAACGGCACUUUUUGAAGAGGAGGCCAAGACGGGAACGUUGGAUGACGAUGACAUUAACAACAGUGAUUACGAUGACGAUGAAGGCAAUUUUCCUGAUCUAGAAGGAGUGAAAACAUUGGACCCGGAACCUGUAAAAGGGGAUUCGGCGACCCUCGGACUUCAGGAGGUAUCCAUCGGGUCCGCUCUGAGGGGAUGGUCGAGCACCAUAGACCCGAUUGGAACUGGACUCCGAGUAACUUGUGACGAUGAAGGCUUCAAGAUCUUUCUCCCGGCUGCUCAGUUCAGUGACGUAAAAGUUUUGGGUUCUGAAGACCAACGAUCUGUCGAUCACGCUCAAUGUGGUCUCAACGUGAGCCGCUUCGAGGACACCCUAACCGUGCCUUUUAUCGGAUGCCACAUGGAGAUUACCAACAGCUACAGCCUGCAACUGUCGUACAAAGAUGAGCUUGGCGAGGCCCGUGUGGCCGCAGUGUCGUGCCGUCCGGGUCCGGAGUCCGCCUCAGGCCUGCAGCUUCGCGCCGGUGUCCCACCUGGCGCACCUGCGUCGAGGUGCCGUACGCCACCACCAGUGCGGACACCGCCAAGGGCGGAACACUGUGCCGUGGCCCCUGAAGAGCAGCUACCUUGUGGCUAUGCUGAAAUUUUGCCUGCUGAUUGUGAGACAAAGGGAUGCUGUGUCAAUCCUACUUCAUAUGAAUGCUUCUAUCCAUUGGAUGAGUGCACGGUCGAUCUCCAUUUUGUUUUCAUCAUCCGUUCCACAUACGAAUCCUGGCAUCUGGACCCCACCCGGCUGGUGAUUCCCGGAACAAAGUGCAGGCCCGUUGUGGCGAACGCCGACUUUGCCAUCUUUAAGUUCAAAGUUACCGAAUGUGGAACACGCACUUAUGACAUUGGCAUGACAAGGUUCUACCUGGCUGAGGUCCAAACUCUAGUUCGAGCGCUGAACCUCAAGUACGGCAUCAUCACAAGAAUGGAUCCAUUAAGGUUCUUGCUGGAGUGUCGCUACAGUUUAGCCGAUCGUGACCAGCAGCCGUUCGCCAGCGUCGGCUAUAUGGUGAAGAUCCCGAGCCGCGACCUACCGUCGUCCAUCCCCUCUGACGGUUUAUACGGGGUUCAGUUGAGGAUUGCUACAGAUGAGACGUUUUCCACUUUCCUGCCUUCUUUUCCAACGUUGCGGUACAUCCUGACCAAACCUGUAUAUUUGGAACUGAGUCUCUUGUCUCCCAAACCUAAUGCGAGUAUUCUGGUCAAGUACUGUCUGGCAUACCCUCAGUCUGCAAAGAACGCACUGGUGCUCGUUUAUGAAGGGUGUGCCAACCCUAAUGACCCAAAUGUGGCAAUCCUGCAAGUGAGCAACUUACACCAAAAUCGCCAUCAGAGGCAUUUUGAGGUCAAGGCGUUUCAGUUUAUGGACGUUAAGACUAAGCGGUACCUUGAUGAACAAAUCCACUUCAUGUGCUCUUCAGAGGUUUGCUGGUCCGAUGAGAAGACUUGUGAAGAGCGCUGCUUUGACGGAAAAGUACCAUAAGGACUCACAACCUGUGGACAUCAACCUAAACUGUGAUUGUACAUUAAAAAGACUGACAAAUGUA